CGGCUAGAAGACAACAAGCCUGUCAACAGACACCUCGAGAUGCGGACAUUGCCCACCCUGAUCAGUUGCAGAUAAAAGCGCGGACCUCGCGCCCUAGCUGCGCUCAGCCGAUUAGCUAGCAGCGCCUUCAAGCAUGUAUCUACUGCUAGCGACGCUGCUCCUGACAACUUCCACCCAUGCCUUUUGGAGGAUGCCCUGCAAUAAUUUGCUUGUCGAGCGAGCCGAUCCAAUCGUGUCGCCCGGCAAAGUUGCUUCGCAUGUUCACACUAUCCAAGGCGGAUCCAACUUUGGGCUCUCUGCCAACUUUGGCAGCUUGCGACAAUCAAAAUGCACAUCCUGCCUCGUCACGCAAGACAUGUCGAACUAUUGGGUACCUAGCUUGUACUUCCAAUUCGCCAAUGGUACCUUUCAAGACGUCCCGCAGGUCGGGGGCAUGCUUGUCUACUAUCUCCAGCGUCGGGCGAACGAUAGCGAGCAACUGUUUGCGUUUCCAGACGGGUUCUCCAUGGUUGCUGGCACACCUUCCUUGCGCAGCUAUGCAGACACCCUCGAGCAACGUGCAAUCUCGUUCGUUUGCUUGGCCUAUACUGCCGGCAAAUCCUACCCGCAGACUAGCUUCAUACCGCCCUACGACUGCCCUGACGGACUCCGAGCACAAGUCUUCUUCCCAUCCUGCUGGGACGGCAUAAACGCCAACUCCUCGGAUCAUAAAUCGCACAUGGCUUACCCAGACGGUAUGGACAAUGGCGCUUGUCCUUCCACACAUCCUGUUCGCUUGGUAUCAUUAUUCUACGAGACCACGUUUUCGGUCACUGCUUUCACGUCUUUGCGAACUCAAGCACGGAAUGCCACCCAGCCAUUUGUCUUCAGCACAGGCGAUGUCACUGGUUACGGCUUCCAUGGCGACUUCCUCAACGGAUGGGACAAGACAGUCUUGCAGACUGCUGUCAGCAACUGCAAUGCCAGCAGCGGCGUCAUCGAGGAAUGCAGCGCUUUCAAAUUCAACGAUCCCAACGCGAAGUGUCAUCAUUCGCCUGACGUGAAUGAAGUCGUCACCGGUCAGCUCACUGCUCUACCUGGCUGCAAUCCUGUUACGUCUGGACCUGCGCCAGCAACGAGCUGCACAGAUCCCAAACCGCCUUCAACAUUCAAUGGCGUCGGCUACACGGGCGGCGUGCCACCAACUGGUGCAAACGUUACUGCAAAUCAGCCAAGUGUCGUCGCCUCUGCGUCAGGGUUCAAGUAUAUUGGCUGCGGCAUGGACGGUGUCAACGGCAGAAGCUUACCGAACCAGCUGAUCUCUGACCAGAGCGGCUCAAUGACCAUCGAAAAGUGCAUGGCAGCUGCAGCCUCGUCAAGCUACAGAUAUGCGGGUGUUGAAUAUGCUCGCGAGUGCUGGGCUGGCAAUGUCACUCAGCCAGCGCAAGCUCCCGAGGGCGAUUGUUCGUUCACCUGCACGGGCAACUCUUUGGAAUACUGCGGCGCCGGCAACCGUUUAACGCUUUACAACUCUACGCAAUGGACUCAAGGCGUAUUUACAAAUCCGGGACCCGCUGGCACGACCUUUGUGGGCUGCUACACGGACAACACGGCUCAACGAACAUUCUCGACCAGCGCCACUGUAUCGGGCGCAAUGACUGUCGCCAAAUGCGUUGCAGCUUGUUCAAGCGCCAGCAGUGCAAACAUGUACGCCGGCGUCGAAUAUGCCGGUCAGUGUUAUUGCGACAGCACUGUGCGUAAUGCGGCUACUGUCGCCACGCCCAGCAGCGAUCCCAUUUCUGCCGGUUGCAACAUGUUAUGCUCGGGCAACUCAACAGAGUAUUGCGGAGGAGCCAAUAGACUGAAUGUAUAUAAGCUACCCAGCAGGGCGAGCGUUGUCAGCGCGCCGGCAUCGUCGACCACGACCACAGCCAAGGCGAGCACGAGCGUGAGCACGAGCGCGAAGUUGAGCACGAUCACGAACGCGAGCACAAGUAGCAAAGGCAAGAAGAAGCGCAGCAAGAGCAAGAAGAGUAAGAAGAGCAAGAAGAUCGCAAGGCGAAAAUCUGACAAGUCCGGCAAGAUUUGAAGCCAAUAGAGCAUGCAUAGCACAGCACAGCAUCGUACGCGCAAGUGAACACACCCUCUGUACGAUGUGUUAAGGCGCUGGUCGCCCGCACGAGUCAGAUGUAUGAAUCGAAUGCAACUUGAACAUGGAGAGAAUAAUACUUUAGCAUCUUCUGAGGUGGUUAAAACAUUCGAUCUAGCCUGCAGCACGCCCUCGAUUACUUCAAGUCUUGCAUGCGUCCUGCUUGCACGCGCGGGUGUGCGCUUGAGCUGAUUGCAGCUUCUGCUUGUACCCCAAAGCGUAUUCCUAUGCACUUUGACAUGAUCUACUUUG